GACAAGACUUGUCGCAUUUGGGACCUGAGAACAGACAGGGUCCAUAAAGCCCUGAAAGGGUUCGACUCUACUGUAUCAUCGAUCUCGUUUACCCCUGCAGACGACCACACCGUUUUUGUUGCCUCCAGUAACAAAGUCUACUCUUUCGAUUUAAGAAUGGAGUCACUCCUCCUUGACACUGCUCUCGCCAUCAGAGUUUAUGAAGGAGCAGAGGAUGAAAUCAAUCAGAUCCAAGUAAACCACAGGGCAAGAUAUUUGAUAGCAUGCGAUGAUGCUGGAGAUGUGCGAAUCCUUGAUCUUAAAACACAUGAGUGGAUGCGUCAUACCCGGCGUGUGCAUGAUAAUAUUGCUAUGACAGCUCAGUUUGUUGCAAAUAAGGAUUUACAAGCAUUUUCUGGGGGUAUGGACAAACUGAUAGUCGCUUGGGACUUUUACAAAGGCCGUGCUAUACAAAUUUUUGAUACUGACCCUCAACCAGAUCCAAGCGCGACGCAUACCAAGCAACUCUUUAACCCGCCAUUCGUACACUCCAUCGCAGCACAUCCUUCAGGAACACGUAUAGCCGUUGGCUUAGGAGAUGGAUCUAUCCAAUUCUUGCAUACUCCUACUGACCUCCCAACCUCUAUGGAGACAGAGCCUGAUCCAAAUUCACAGGCUGUUGGAAGCAGUAACAGCAGCAGCAUUGGUACAUCCAAGAAGACCAAGAACAAGAGCAAGAAAGGGACGAGCAGUAGCAGUGGCAGUAAUGGGGAGAAGAAGAUGAAUUGGUUGAUGGGAGGUCGUUUGUCACAUGCCCAUUCAAGUCCUAUCGCUUCCAUAGAGUAUGCUGGAUUCAAUCCAAACUGGUUAGUAACAUCCUCCAACACCGGCUCGAUCGCCAUCUGGGAUGAUCAAGCGUCCAGAUUCAAGACAGUUCAACAGCUAGAGCAACAAAGAAAUAUUCUGCCGAACAAAGAGUCUGCGGCAACGGCUGCAGCAUCUCACAGGGCUCUUCAGCCCUUGCAAGAAUUUUCGACCAGGGAUGUCUUUGAACGAGUAAACUGUAUAUUGACCUAUAAGUCACAACGAGAUGUUGAUGUUGAUGGUGGUGAUGGCGACAUCACCAUCCCACAAAAGAUGUUGUUUGUGGCGGGCACGCAUCCUAGAGUUGGCGACAAGAAAUUGCAGGGCCGUAUCGCAGUCUACCAUCUAUAAGGUUGCAUAUCCGUCCGUCAAAUGGUUUCUUUGCAUGUGCAAAACAAUGAUAUGCAUGAAAUAAAUAAAUUCUGUC